GUUUGCAAUACCCUACUUGACAUAUGAGGCGCCCUGGAACAAGCUCUGGACUUCAUGAAGAGUGACAGACUGCUUUUACUGGCUGGCUUCAUAUGAUCAAGUUGACACAAGAUAAAAUCUUCAGAGAGGACUGCAUCUGAGUUGAAGAACUGCUUCCACGAGAUCCAACUGUUGAUGCAAGUUAUCAACAAGAAUUCUGGUCUUUAAUCCUGCAGCAGAAAUACAGAGAAGAGUUUUCAGAGAGAAUGGCUGUAUCUCAGGUAAAUGUGUCUCAGGGUCUGUUGACAUUCAGGGAUGUGACUGUGGACUUUUCCCAGGAGGAAUGGGAAUGUCUGGAUUCCUCCUGGAGGGCCCUUUGCAUUGAUGUGAUGAUGGAGAAUUAUAACAAUCUGGUUUUUGUAGAAAAACAUCAAUGUGGUGAACGUGUCAAAGUCUUGAGUGAAGGAUCACAGCAUACUGGCUAUCACCCUGUGAAUAUCCAAGAGAGGUCACAUAAAUGGAAUAAGAUUGGGAAAACGACCUCUAAAACUGUCCAAUGUACACCUUAUAACACAAGUGACCUUACAAGGAACUGCAACAAGUAUGGAUGUCGUAACCAGAGGGAUGCCUCUACUGAUUCUACAGUCCUCAAGAAUGAUGAAAGUGGGAACAAUGGUGAAGAACUGCUCAAGUAUAAAGACUGUAAGAAAUGGUUAAAUGUGUGUUCCAUCAUUAGUCAAAGAAUUCGCACUAGAGAGGAACAACGCAAAAUUACAGACUAUGGUAAAUCAUUUGAUUCUAAACAUAUACCGAUGCUGAAACCAAUCUCUAGUGCAGAGAAAACAUACCAAUGCAAAAAGUGUGGAAAAUGUUUCACGUCGUAUUUGAGUUUCAGCAAACAUGAUAGCUCUCACUCUGGAAAGAAGUCCUAUCAAUGUAAAGAAUGUGGUAAGUACCUUAGCACAUUGUAUCAGGUUGAAAACCAUUAUAAAAUCCAUCGUAGAGAGGGACCUUACAAAUGUAGUGAAUGUGGAAAAUGUUUUAUUCAGAAAAACAAACUUGGGGCACAUCAGAGAAUAUGUAUGAAACAAAAAACUUACAAAUGUAAUGCAUGUGGGAAGUCUUUUACAUGUGCAUAUCAUCUCCAAGUGCAUGAGAGAAUGCACACAGGAGAGAGACUCUACAAGUGCAGCGAGUGUGAGAAAUCCUUUAUGUUUGCUUCUCAUUUUAAAUUACAUCAGAGAAGCCAUACAGGAGAGACACCUUACAAAUGUAGUGAAUGUCAGAAAUCCUUUACACAGGCUUCAAAUCUUAGGAAACAUCAGAUCAUUCAUACAAGGAAGGAACUUUGCAAAUGUAGUGUUUGUGAGAAAUCCUUUACAUGUGUCUCACAUCUUAGACAACAUCAGUUAAUUCACAGAGGAGAGAAAGCUUUCAAAUGCAAUGAUUGUGAUAAAUCCUUUACACAUGCCUGUUUUCUUAAAGUACAUCAGAGAGCUCACACGGGGGAGAGACCUUACAAAUGUAGUGAAUGUGACAAAUCCUUUUCGAACAUAUCUAAUCUUAGAAAUCAUCAGAGAAUUCAUACAGAUCAUCAGCCUUACAAAUGUAGUGAAUGUGACAAAUCCUUUAAAUGUGCCUCUAACUUUGGAGUGCAUCAGAGAAUUCAUAUGGGACACAAACCUUACAAAUGUAGUGAAUGUGACAAAUCCUUCACACAGAGUUCAAAUCUUACACAGCAUCAGAGAAUUCAUGCAGGAGAGAAACCUUACCACUGCAGCGAAUGUGCGAAAGCCUUCACACGUUCUUCUCAUCUUAGAAGACAUCAGAGAAUCCACACAGGAGAGAAACCUUAGAAAUGCAGAGAAUGUGAAAUAUGCUUUACCGAGUGUUUAAAUUUUAUAAAACAUCAGAGAAUACAUAAAGGAGAGAAAAAAUGUUAAUGUAAUGAAUCUGGCUGAGUAUCUGCAUUUCACUUGUAAGAAUACUUGAAAAAAUUCAUACUGGAGAAAAAAGUUUACUUAGUAAAUAAUGAGACAUAUGGCUUAAUCCAAAAGUUUGUUCUCAGAGAUCACUGCACAUCAAAUCCAUACAAGAGAAACUUUAUGACAUCUGAACUUUCUGAAAGACUUCAAGUAGUGUAGAAAUGUUAUUGGCAGUUUAUCCUAAGCAAAAAUUCUGAUAAUGUGACAAUGUAGGAAAUUUUCGUUAAGAUAUUUUACUGUAUCAACCUCAAAUUUACUUAACAAUGAAAAUCAAGAUGCCUUUGAAUGUGCUUUGGUACACUAGUUCCUUGGAUGCUGAAUCAGUACAUCCUGAAUAGAAACUCAUUAAUCAGGAAAGAAGUAUUUCUAAAUCAUUUCAGGAAUAUAGGAACCUGACAGAAAACAGAGACCAGUAAUGAUACUUAUAACUGGCUUUGAAGAACUAACCCAUCAGGAAUGGAUGGAUGCCCUCCACCCUGUAGAUUGCCUGUACAGGCUAUGUGCAGUGUGUUCUGGGUAUCUAGAGUUCUUAGGCUGUAUCUUAUAAUGGGUGGAGCUUCCUAGUGGCCACUGCUUUCUAGUCUGAUUUCCUCCUUUAAGCAGCACAUUUACCAUAAUCCUGAAAGUAACACAUAUAAGCCUUAUAGAUUCAUUAAGAUGGAAUUUAGUGUCAUUAAUUUUUUAUUCUGUUGCCAGUCCCCAUUUGGGGAGAUUAAAUGAAUGUGUGUGUUGCAUCCUCCCAGGAAUGGUCUGUCAUGCAACGUGAGCUGACCUCACUAAUAGUUCUUCAGAAGUUGAAACACAUAAGAAAAUUGGUAUUAGAGAGAAAGUUUUUAAUUAUCUAUCAUGUGUUAAAUAAUUUGUUCACGGUUCCUUGUCAACUCCACACUGGAGAACUCCUAGAAAUGUGCAGCAGUUGUUCAAACCUAAUGAUAAAAGUUUAGACUCAUCUGAAAAUUGAUACUAAACCUCAUCUCUUACCUUUCUUCACAAUGUUGAUUAUGGAAGAAAUACCUACAAGUCAAAUUUUAAAGCUAUAACAUGCAAUCUUGACAACAUUCUAUGUAUAUGUACAUCUAGGAACUAUCCAAGAAUAUGAAAGAAUGUUUGUCAGUACCCAACUCAGUUGUAGAAAUAAAAUCAGCAUAAACAGGACAAAAAUAAUAGAAGACUCACAUACAAAUACUAAGACAGACAGAUCUGUAGACAUAAAAGUCGAUGCAAUACAAUUAAGAAACAAGCAAUAAAUGAAUACAUCACACUUAAGUGAGCAGGAAUUUUUUUCGACUGACACUGAAACCUUUAGGGGAAACUUUUUUUUUUUUUUUUGUAUCACCAAUAUGGGAGUUGUAAACAUCUCAACAAACUUGCAUAGAUAACCUCCAAUAGAAACAUCUUUGAGUUUCUUGAAAGCAGCUGUUAAUUCUAUUUUAAAUUGUAAAUUCUGUUUUGUGGUUUCAGUAGUAACCCUUACUAAAAAAUCUGUAUUUUUUAACUUUAUUUUUUCUUAUUUUGAUUUGUUUCAAUUAAAAUAAAAUUACAUCACUAUCCCGCUCUUGUUUUCCUUUUGGUCCUCAAUCAGAUACUAUUACUUAAGCCUUACACACUCAAGUAGAUGAUAUUUUUCUUUUAUUGUUAAUUUUUAAUGCUGACAUGACUGUGACUUUAUUUUUGUGUACAUGAUUUUAAUCUGACUACUUUGUUCUAUUUGAGAAACAUUAAGAGUGUUUAUCCUCAAGUGUCAGUAAUUUUCUUCUGGCAUUCAGUAGGUAUAAUUCUUUGUGUUGGUGGCAGGAAAAUGUGAAAAAUUUUCUCUUUCCUAUUAAUGUGUCAUUUUAGAUGGCAAUGUUUCAGUCAAAUUCCUCAUAUUUUGACAGUUAUAUUAUCCUUGCCCAACCCCUUUGGUGGAGUUCCUUGACCUAUAGAUGAAGAGCUGUUAUGUAAAUAUUUGUUUUGCCAAUGAGCUUUCAUGCUCUUUUGAUAUCUGAGCUGUGUUCAAUUGUGGUUUUCUUUGAUGUUUCCUUUUUCUGUAAACAGAGGCUCCUUCAGUGAAGGAAUAGCUAUGUCUCUAUGUAUCAUAAGAUAGUUUAGAAAGGAAGUUUUCCACUUUUAGUAAUGUAUCAGGAUAUAAGAUUAACUCAAAAAAAUCAGUAGUCCUCCUGUACACAGAUGAUAAAUGAGCUGAGAAAGAAAUCAGAGAAGAUUCACCCUUCACAAUAGCCACAAAUAGGAUAAAUAGGUUUUGAAGAGAGCAGGUAUACAAGAAACAUACCAUAACAUAAUAAAGGCAAUAUACAGCAAGCCAACAGCCAACAUCAAACUAAAUUGAGAGAAAUUCCCGGUGAUUCCACUGAAAUCAGGAAGAAGUUUGGAGAGAAAUAACUGCACCCAU